AGGAAACUAACCUAGCCUUCUCAAUUCCUCUAUUUCUCAUUAUGUAGUAAUAAUUUACAAAACCACAUACCCUACCCACUAACACUAUACAAAUCUUCAUUUGGAUCUCAAAGUAAGUUGAUAAAGUAAAGAUAGGGUAAUGGGGAGGCCACCUUGCUGUGAGAAAAUUGGGAUCAAGAAAGGGCCUUGGACUCCUGAGGAAGACAUCAUCUUAGUCUCUUAUAUCCAAGAACAUGGACCUUCCAAUUGGAGAUCCGUUCCCACCAAUACAGGGUUGAUGAGAUGCAGCAAGAGCUGCAGGCUUAGAUGGACUAAUUAUCUUCGACCAGGUAUCAAAAGAGGUAACUUCACCGACCAUGAGGAGAAGAUGAUUAUCCACCUCCAAGCCCUUUUAGGGAAUAGAUGGGCUGCUAUAGCAUCCUACCUUCCACAAAGAACAGACAAUGAUAUUAAGAAUUACUGGAACACGCAUCUGAAGAAGAAGCUCGCCAAGAAUCAAAGCGGAGCGGCCGAAGACGGCGGCGACUACCAAGAUGGAAACUCUUCAAGAUCCCAGCCAAAGGGACAGUGGGAGAGAAGGCUUCAGACAGAUAUUCACAUGGCCAAACAAGCCCUGUCUGAAGCCUUGUCCCUCAGCAAAUCCUCCAAUAAUAACAACGUCUUAUCUGACUCCUCAUCAUCUUAUCAUGCUUCCACAUUUGUCACAAGAACAAGCCACGCUGCUUCUUCUUCUUCUUCUUCGUACGCCUCAAGCUACGAAAACAUAUCCAAGUUGCUGGAGAAUUGGAUGAAAUCCCCGAACUCGUGUGCUGAAAUGACCACGAAUUCGGGAAAUUCAUUUAGUUCUAAUAACAGCGAAGCAGAUCAUGGCUUUGAUUCUCUCUUGAGCUUCAAAUCCGACGAUGAAAGGAAACCAAAGUACUUGUCCUCAUCAGAGGCGCAGCAACAGGUGCCUCUAACGUUGCUCGAGAAGUGGCUCUUUGAUGAUGGUGCUGCUCAGUGCCAUGAAGAUCUUAUGAACAUGUCAUUGGAGGAAAGUACUUCAGGUUUGUUCUAGAAAAACAAAGACACAAACAAGGUUCAAACUAGGAAUUAAUUAGGGUUCCUUUUCUUAUGGUUUCUUUUCUUCCAAUUUCAAGUGUUGCUGAACUCUUUGUGUAAAUGGAACUAUGUUUAGGUGUCAAGAGUAACUUCCCUAAUUAGUUUCGCUCCCAUAUAUCAAGAAUUGUUCAUUAUUAUUAUGAGUGUAUCUGUUAAUUAUUAAUAAUUAAGAGUUCAGUUU